GGUAACUCUGGGUAAAUAUUACAGUCUGUGAAUAUAAUUGUCAUUAUAAUUCACAGAGAAUACAACGUCAGAUUAUAUCUAGUUUAUUUUUCUCUUUGGUCUGUGGAUUGUUUCCGCGCGUCUAAAAUCUUGUAUUUGUAUUUAGUAUAAUUUACUACUAAAAGCAACAAAUAAUAGUACAAAAUGGCGUCCACAACGAAACCACGCUCUGAGAUGACUUUAGAAGAAUUGGCAAAGAUUGAAGAAGAGGAAUUUAGUACGGGACCAUUGUCAGUGCUUACACAGUCCGUUAAAAACAACACACAAGUACUGAUCAAUUGCCGGAACAACAAAAAAUUGUUGGGUCGAGUAAAGGCGUUCGACCGGCACUGCAAUAUGGUAUUAGAAAAUGUAAAAGAAAUGUGGACAGAAGUGCCACGAACGGGUAAAGGCAAAAAGGGGAAAGCAGUGAAUAAAGACAAAUUCAUAUCUAAAAUGUUUCUCCGUGGUGACUCUGUGAUCUUAGUUCUUAGAAAUCCAUUGGCAACAGCUGCAGGAAAGUGAAUAACAAUAAACUUUAAUACUUUUUAAGAGCUACACUUUCAAUAUUUAGUCAAUGUCUGUAUGUUAAAUAUACUUUAUAUAAGUUGGAGCUUUAUAUUGAUAAUAAGUUGUCAAAGAAGAAAGACUAAAUAAAUCCAAUUUUCAAUA